AUGAAACGGGCCAAUUCUGUCACAAGUGUCCCCUGAAUUUCCAACAAGUCCCCACUCUUUGAAGUUUUGCUCAUGGGAAACAUAACCAAGAGAGGCAGCAGCAGGGAGGUGGCAGCCGACAAGGCCACAGCCCCGGAGGAAGGGCCAGACUCGGCCCCCCACAUCAGACUCUACGAGGCCAUCAUGAGGGAGGACUGCGUGGCCAUCCGGGUGCUCCUGAGAAGCCACCCUGUCAACCAGCCCAUAACCAUUGGGGCCAACUCCACCAGCUACCGGCUCCUUCUAAACCAGAUGCGGCCCGUCAUCCCCAUUCAUCUGGCUGCGGAACACCGCAAGGCGCUAAGUUUGCUCUGUUUGCUAGAACACGGCGCUGACCCAGAAGUAAGGGACGCAAGAGGCCUUACCACACUUCACCUGAUGCUGCUGCACUGGCCGAUCAUUUCCACCACGUGGACAAAACCGGAGAACAGAAUACAAAGUAUCCUGACAGAGAUCCAGAAUAAUGCUGUAAGGUGUCUCCGCAUUUUAUGCGAAUACGGAGCCCAAGUCAACGCUUGGGUAGACAACAUCAACAAAUACUCGCCCCUGCACCUGGCCAUAACCUACGGGACCUACCCAGUGCUCUCCAUUUUAGCCCAGAAUGGUGCCCACGUCAAUGCCAUUAACAUAUCCAGCAUGACCCCGCUGCACAUGGCUGCAGACAUACUGAACAAGGAGAUGAUGGAAACACUGAUUGCCUGCGGGGCAAACGUGAACUGUGCCGUCUCCUCCACUGGGAACACGGCCCUUAAGCUGGCGGUGUGCACAGCGUCGAGCAAAGCAGGCCGAACGCUGGCUGCGGGCGUGAACUGCAUCCGUCUGCUGCUGAUUCAUGGGGCCCAAGUAAACGCUCGGGACCACGAAGGUCAAGCAGCCAUCCACGAGGCGUGUUUUGGAGGCAGAGAGGCAAUUAUCAAUCUCUUGCUUGAAUUUGAAGCAAAUGUUAACCUACUAACAAGAAACGGGGAGUCUCCCAUCUACAUGUACCUUCAGCGCAGUUCCAACAUAAGGGACACGGCCCUUCUGGCCAGGCUCCUGGAUCGCUCUUAUCCUUUGCGGCUGACCAAUAACCAAGGAAUUCUACCUGCAGGAAUCAUGCGACCAGAAUUCCACCUCUUAAGGGAAACCCUAAUAAAACUCUCUCAAAAACCCUUAUCCCUGGAGGACAUCUGUAAAAGGAACAUCAGGAAUAUUUAUGGGGAAAAAUACAAACAGCACUUGAAGCAACUUCUCCCCAAAAAGAUGUGGGAUUCUGUGUAUGGUUGUCAUGACUUGGCUCACCUCCUGAAAUAGGACCCCAGGGUGGCAGGGCCACAGAAUCUGAGUGACUCGCCACGCAGUUUCUGGCUAAGCCACCUACCCAGAAAAUACUAAAACCCUCAGUUUGUACAUCCCAGAUGUACAAACCAUCUGGUUCUUAAAACUUUUGUCAAAAAAUAAAAUGACUGGCACAUUAA